AAUCGCUCCAUAAGUAGAGAGGCCUCAGCUAGAGAUUUCAUUUCAUUUCAUUCCAAUCACGGAGAAGAAGGAUUCAGCUAGCUACACACUUCAUUCAAUUUCAACCGCUGACUAGAAGACCCAAGCUUGCUCCAGACAGAUGCGGGCGAUGGAGUCGUCGGUGGGGGGACUCUUGGGCGGCCUCAACUCCGGCGUGGUGCUGAGCCUGAUCGCGGUGCUGUGGACGGUGGUGUGGCAGAACCUGCAGCACCUCCAGCUGCAGCACUUCUUCAAGCGCCACAUCGGCCGGCACGCGCGCCGCCUCUCCGCCCUCGUCGACCCCUACCUCUCCGUCACCGUCGCCGAGUACGACGGCGGGGGCCGGAUGCGCCGCGCCGAGGCCUACGAGGAGGUCAAGGCCUACCUCGCCGACACCACCUCCCGCGACGCGCGCCACCUCCGCGCCGAGGGCGCCAAGGACGCCGACCGCCUCGUGCUCAGCAUGGUCGACGGCGAGGAGGUCGCCGACGUCCUCCUCCCCGAGGAGGGCGGCGGCACCGUGUUCUGGUGGGCCUACUCCAAGCCGCCGCCCGGACAGCAGCAGGACCGGCGGUGGGGAGGCGGCGGCGGCGGUGGCGACCAGGACAACCACCGGUUCUACCGGCUCUUCUUCCUCGACCGCCACCGCGACGUCGUCCUCAACACCUACCUCCCGCGCGUCCGCCGCGAGGGACGCGCCGUCAUGGUCAAGAACCGCCGCAGGAAGCUCUCCACCAACAUCUCCACUCACCAGUUCACCGACGCCGGCUUCAUGCGCACCGCCUGGACGCACGUGCCGUUCGAGCACCCCAAGACCUUCGCCACGCUCGCCAUGGACCCGGCCAGGAAGAAGGAGAUCGUCGACGACCUCGACACCUUCAAGAACGGGAAAGAUUACUACGCGCGCGUCGGCAAGGCGUGGAAGCGCGGGUACCUCCUCCACGGCCCUCCGGGCACGGGCAAGUCCGCCAUGAUCGCCGCCAUGGCCAACCACCUCGACUACGACAUCUACGACAUCGAGCUCACGUCCGUCAGCUCCAACACCGACCUCCGCAGGCUCUUCAUCGAGACCACCAGCAAGUCCAUCAUCGUCAUCGAGGACAUCGACUGCUCCCUCGACCUCACCGGCACCCGCACCAAGAAAACCGACGACAAGCCGCCCAAGGUGGACGGUGAUGGCAGGAAGGGGGCCGCAGCCGACACCAGCAGCAAGGUGACGCUGUCCGGCCUGCUCAACUUCAUCGACGGGCUCUGGUCGGCGUGCGGCGGCGAGCGGAUCAUCGUGUUCACCACCAACUACCUCGAGAAGCUGGACCCGGCACUCAUCCGAAGGGGCCGGAUGGACAAGCACAUAGAGAUGUCCUACUGCGGCGCCCCCGCCUUCGAGUUCCUCGCCAGGACCUACCUCGGCGUGGAGGAUCACGAGCUGUUCGCCGACGUCGGUGCUCUGCUACAGGAGGUGGACAUGACGCCGGCCGACGUCGCCGAGAACCUGACGCCCAAGAGCGCUGACGACGACGCCGACUCGUGCCUCCGGGGGCUGGUGGCGGCACUGGAGAAGGCCAAGGAGGACAAGGCCAACGGACGAGGCAAGGACAAGCAGCCGGAUGAAGAUGAAGGGCAAGUGGUGAUUGCCCAGGACCAGGAGUGAGUGACAGUAGCUCAGGAUCCAUUGAUGUGAUCCAUGAAUCCAUGAUUUGUCACCUUCUCUCUACUUCUAGCAAGUGGAGAUGGGUGGUAGAAUAAGCAGAUUUUCCUGAUGGAGUUCAGUUUGGCAGGAAAUGCUAGUUACUGAUGUUCAGAAACGAAAAUGUUCAUGCCAGCUAUGAUGAAUGUUGUACGCCAGUGUAACUGAGCUGACGAGCGUAUUGACGAACACAUUGUCAAGAUAUACUCAUUUGAUA